AAAUAAAACCAAAAAUAUGGCUAAUAUUUAUGCAAAAUCUUGCUUAAUUUAAUUAUAAUAUAUUACAUUUAUACUUCAAUGUGCUAGGAAGAAGAAGUAGCGCCAGUACAGUCGAGACAAUGGUAGACCUAUUGAAAAUAAUAUUAAUACAAUAAAAUCAUUAAUAAAAUCAUAAAAUCACGGUUUGUAUGAUUAAAAAACAUCAAAAUGAUGCCACACAAACCAAGAAUUGUCUCUCAUCAUCUGCAGUGUGGGUACGUAACCCGAGGGGCAGUUUGCCGGUGGAGAUCUCUGAAGCGAAGCAACAGGAAACACCGCUAAACACCGCGCGGGUCAUCCACCGUUGUCGAUGCAUAGCGCCGGUUAGGCAUAACAGCAGUUUUCACACGAGCUCGGUUAAUGCAGGUGACGAAGUUAGUAAAAACGUGGGAAAAUGCUGGAAGAGAUCGCGUCUGCCUCCGCCAGGCCUUUGGAUCCCGGCUCUCCACUAAGUCUUGACACCGAGUGUAGCGGAGACGGACCCGGUAGAGCCGCGGUGGAUUUCCCGGUAGCUGUGGUUCUUCCAGCCGGCGGCUCCGGGGAGCGGAUGGGACUGCCCACACCCAAACAAUUCUGCACGAUUCUCAACAGACCUCUGAUCAGUUACACCAUUCAAGCGUUUGAGAGAUUAUCAUGGAUUGGAACCGUUGUUGUUGUGGUUGCUAAGGAAAACCAUGACUUGAUGCUGAAUAUCGUCCGAGAAUUUCAUCACACAAAGGUGAAAGUGGUACACGGAGGAACCUCCAGACACAGAUCCAUCUUCAAUGGACUUCAGGCCUUCAGCAACAAUAUAGAUGAUUCAUUGACUCCUAAACCAAAAGUGGUCAUCAUCCAUGAUGCUGUACGGCCUUUUGUGGAAGAAGAUCUUUUGCUGAAAAUAACCCUCGCAGCUAAAGCGGAAGGGGCCUCGGGAGCAAUUCGUCCUUUGGUGUCCACAGUUAUAGCAACGACCUUGGAGGGCUACCUGGACCACUCAUUGGAGAGAGCGAAAUACAGAGCCAGUGAAAUGCCUCAAGGAUUUCUUUAUGACAUCAUUUUCCAGGCCUACCAGCGGUGCAGUGAAUAUGACUUUGACUUUGGCACAGAAUGUUUGCACUUGGCCCUGCAGUACUGUGGAACAAAUGCAAAACUUAUAGAAGGACCACCAACUUUGUGGAAAGUUACCUACAAAAGAGAUCUAGCAGCUGCAGAGGCUAUUAUUAAAGAGACUCUUUCAACGUCCGCGUGUGUGAUCACAGAGGCUGCUGCAGAAGCUGUUGAGUUGGCCGGAACACUCCAGAAAAAUCUGACAACCCAGGGCAUGGUGGUGACUGACGUUAUUCCAUGCGCAAAGGAAAGUUACACAGACUGCCUGUCAAAAAGCCGAAGCUUCAUUCAGAUAGCGGUGAAUGGAUCAAACAUCUCAGGCGUUCUAGAAAUGGUUAAACAUUUUGAGAAUACCAGACACGCCCAUUUAUAUCCAAUAGUUGUUGUUUGGGUUAAGCUUAACACGACAAAGCGCUCCUUUGAUACUCAAAAGACAGAUGAGUUAACAACCUUCAUGCGUCUGGCCUCUGAAGUCAAACAAGCAAAUGUUCAGCUCUAUGGAAUUCAGAUUGAUCACACAAAGGUGUCGGAGCUGUGGGAGAGGUCUGCGGCGAGACUCGCUGACAUCACAGUUGCUCUCAUCAGAGAUAGAAACCCUGCUCUCAUUGGCCAGCUGCUUCAAGCUUGAAACUGUGGUACAACUGGAUGGUGUGGUACAGUAAAUGGACAGUCAGUAUACGACCUGUGGACAUAUAGAAACAGCUGUUCGUUGUACUGCUUUAUCCAUAAAAAUCAUAGUCUGCUAUUAAGUAUUUUUAUUUUAUUUUAAAGGUAAUUUGCGUAUUUUUACUAGGGUCAGUUCAUUAAAACAUGUUUAAACUAGAAUAUACAUGUGUGCGUUAUGACAUCACAGAUAUAUUAAGGUGACAAGUCUUUAUUAAAUGCAAGUAUAGAGAAAGUAUAAGUAUAUAGUGAGUAGUCUUUGGCUAUUUUAACACUGCUGGAAUUGAGCUGUUAUCAUUCAGAACAGGAUAAAUAUUUUUCAUUACAUUUCUGUGAAAUCACUGUUUUACGUCCCUUACAGCAAAUUGUCUCACUUUGAGUCUGUAUAUUUAAUAAAAUGCUGCCAUCUUGUGGAAGGUUAUGAAAAUAUGAUGUUGUGCCUUAAAGAUGUAUGUUAUACAACUGUAGCGGAUAUGAUACAUGCAGCUAUAAAUCCUUUAGAAAAUAGUGAAUUCCUUCAGUUUACAAAAUAUUCUCUUAAUGUUUCUUUAGCUUUCAUUUUAAAACCAUUUAUAAGUGAGAGCUCACCCAAAACUCAAAAUUCACUCAACAUUUACUCAUAGUCAUUCGAACCUGCAUUACUUUAUUCUGCAGAGCACCAAAGAAGAUAUUUAGAAGAAUGUCGGUAAUCAAACAACAUUAGACCCAAUUGAUUUCCAUUGCAUGAACACAAAAUAAUUUCUCAAAAUAUCUUCUUUUGUGUUCCACUCCACAGAAAAAUGAGUAAUUUAAAGGUUUUGAAUGACAUGGUGAUGAAUAAAUGAUGACAGAAUUUUAAAUUUGGGUUAAAUGCUUUGCUUUAAUUACAGACCCAUUUCCAAAUUUGCCAGAUUCUUAAAAUUAUAUUGUGGUGCUUCACUGACUAUAAUUUUUUACACUUUACAUAUGUAAUGUAAUUAAAAAUGAAUAGUUUACAUAUAAUAAAUUCCCAAUAUUGAUUUUUA